AUGCCAGGUUCACCAAGCGGUGGAAUGGUCAAGGAUUUAAUAACAUCACCAGCCGGAAAUAUGGUCAUCGCACUCUUCACUGACUUUAAGAUCUACGUGUGGAAGGGUCUUACGUGGAGGAAACCUCAGGGGCCUAUCAUCCACAAGCUCCACAUAUAUUCCGUCCAGGAUGUGGCUUACCUAGAUCGACCCACUCUUAAUGGAAUUCACCUGAUUACAAACGACCAACGGAGCAAGUUUUUCGGAUAUACUGAAACCCAUUCAAAAGAUCAAGAGUCCGAUGUGGCCCGGAUUGGGCCGUUUUCAGACGGAACAUAUGUGACUCGAACUCAGGAGCAGGUCCCUGGGGGAUUUGCUAGCAAGUAUACGAUCAUCGCGAACGGAGCAAAACAACGUGAGUUCUAUCACUGCAAGGUGGCCAAGUCUAUCUGGCGCACGGAUUCCGACGCUGCCAUUGUCAUGGACACCUAUAUUGUGACCACCGGACAGGAACUUGUAAAUUUCUGGUCAAAGGCGGGCAGGUUGGUCAGAAGUUACCGACUCGGAGAAAAAUACGAGGGUUGGCACGGCAUUGCCUUGGCGGGUAAACAUACUGUGAUCGCCUUUGAUGAUACGUUGACAGAAGCCACCGUGUGGGAAUUUCCUCGGCAAGGCCCUGAGGACUGCACGCCCCCUCUGGCUUUAGGGAAGCGCUACACACUUGACUAA